CUUCGAUCUCUUUGGCUUUUCGGCGUUUUCGCUUUUGUCUUUCUCUAGAGAGACUGAGAGAUAGAGAAAGAGAGAGAGAGAGAGAGAGAGAUAGAUCUGGGAGAGAAUAGAAGAGGUUGUAGUGAUGGCGAUGGAGAUGGUGGCGGCGGUGAAGUGGAUCGUGGUGAUGGUUUUUGGGGUUCUUUUGGUUUUGGCUGUGAAUCAGGGAUUCAUUGUUUCAAGGAUCGAUGGAACGGCAAAGAAGAGCUUGAAAGAAGCUCCGGAAUCCAUCAAAGCGAGGAAUGAGAGGGUGGUUGGAGCAGUGGACGAUCCAGAGGUGGUGGUUUCUAUGGUGCACGAGAGCAUAAUCAACAGCACAGCACGGCGUUCACUGAGUUACCUUUCAUGCGGCACAGGCAACCCCAUAGACGACUGCUGGCGCUGUGACCCUCACUGGCAUCUCAACCGCAAGAAACUCGCCGAUUGCGGCAUCGGCUUCGGCCGCAACGCCAUCGGCGGCCGAGACGGCCCUUUCUACACCGUCACUGACCCUUCAGAUAUCAACCCCAUCAACCCCAAACCCGGCACUCUCCGCCACGCUGCCAUCCAAUCACAACCCCUCUGGAUCAUCUUCAAUCAUGACAUGGUCAUCACUCUCACUCAAGAACUCAUCUUGAACAGCUUCAAGACCAUCGAUGGCCGCGGCGCCAACAUCCACAUUGCUAAUGGUGCUUGCAUUACCAUUCAGUUCAUCACCAACGUUAUCAUUCAUGGUGUUCAUAUUCAUGACUGCAAGCCCACUGGCAAUGCCUUGGUCCGCAGCUCUCCUUCCCAUUAUGGUUGGCGGACAAUGGCUGAUGGUGAUGCUGUUUCUAUUUUUGGUUCUAGUCAUGUUUGGGUAGACCAUUGUUCUCUUUCCAAUUGUGCUGAUGGCCUUGUUGAUGCUGUUAUGGGUUCCACUGCCAUCACCAUUUCUAACAACUACUUCACUCACCAUAAUGAGGUUAUGCUCUUGGGACAUAGUGACUCUUAUGAGAGGGACAAAGCUAUGCAAGUCACCAUUGCUUUCAAUCAUUUUGGCGAAGGCCUCAUCCAGAGAAUGCCUAGGUGCAGGCAUGGGUACUUCCAUGUGGUGAACAAUGACUACACCCACUGGGAAAUGUAUGCAAUUGGUGGAAGUGCAAACCCAACUAUCAACAGCCAGGGCAACAGAUACCUUGCGCCAACCAACCCUUUUGCUAAGGAGGUGACCAAAAGAGUGGAGACUGCUCAAGGAGUGUGGAAGGACUGGAAUUGGAGAUCAGAGGGUGACCUUCUGCUAAACGGAGCAUACUUCACUCCCUCCGGUGCCGGAGCAUCGGGAAGCUACUCUAGAGCUUCCAGUCUAGGGGCCAAGUCCUCAUCCAUGGUUCCCUCUCUUACUUCAGGAGCUGGUGUCCUUCUCUGCCAAAAGAAUGUUCAAUGCUGAUCUAUAUACAUGCCUUAUAAUAUUUGCAUCACAUAAUGCAUUAAGCCAUGCAUAUAAUAUAUAUAUAUAUAUAUAUAUAUUUGUUGUUCUGUCUGAUUGGGUGAUUAGUGUUUGAACAGUCAGGUCUGGUGAUACCCCACACUUCAACCUCCACAGGUUUCUUGAAUCUGAAUUUUGGAGUGCCUGUGGAAGUGUUGUUGAUUGUGUAUUCACACUCUUGUUUUCUGUUAUUGUGUAUCUCUCUCUCUUUGUCUAGUGUUUCUCAUUCUAUAGAUGUAAUUGUUGCCCUGUUCCGGAUUUGAAUUUUUUUUUUUUUUAAUAGAUUAUAAGUGCACCAUAGGUAUUAUAUUUUGUUGUAAUAGAAAAGAUGUCUUUUUUUUCCUUGAUGUAAACUAGAAAUAUAUGUUAUUCGGCUAUGAUUAUGUUUACAAGCCACAU